AUGACUUCCCUCGAGGAUUUGGCCCAAGACGAGGUUCUCCUCGAAAUCGCCGCCCAGUCCACCCAGGACAUCGUGAACCGUACCAAGCUCCUCCACAAUGACAUCCAGGUGAUGUUCUCCGAGUCGCAACGGCUCCAGCACGAGAAAGCCGUCAUGGCCGAACGCAUCAAAGACAACCAGGAGAAGAUCAACAACAACAAGCAAUUGCCGUACUUGGUCGGAAACGUGGUCGAGAUCUUGAAUUUCGACGCAGACAAGGAUGCGUUGCUGCAGGGCGCCAACGUCGACGUCGAUGCGGCUCGCUCCGGUAAGCUGGCGGUGAUCAAGACGUCCACCCGUCAGACGAUCUUCUUGCCGCUUGUGGGGCUCGUGGAUCCGCACCAAUUGCGUCCCAACGACUUGAUCGGUGUCAAUAAAGAUCUGUACUUGAUUUUGGACACGUUGCCGCUGGAGUACGACCUGAGAGUCAAGGCCAUGGAGGUCGACGAAAAGCCCACGGAAAACUACCUGGACAUCGGUGGUUUGGACAAGCAGAUCGAGGAGUUGAUUGAGGCCGUGGUUUUGCCCAUGAAGCAGGCCGAGAAGUUCAAGAAGUUGGGUGUCAAGCCUCCCAAGGGUGCCUUGAUGUAUGGCCCUCCAGGAACCGGUAAGACGCUUCUUGCCCGUGCAUGUGCUGCACAGUCCGGCGCAACAUUCUUGAAGUUGGCUGCCCCACAGCUUGUGCAAAUGUUCAUCGGUGACGGUGCCAAGCUCGUGCGUGAUGCGUUCGCCUUGGCCAAGGAGAAGGCCCCAACUAUCAUCUUCAUCGAUGAGUUGGAUGCCAUUGGAACCAAGCGUUUCGACUCCGACAAGAGUGGUGACCGUGAGGUGCAAAGAACAAUGUUGGAGCUUUUGAACCAGCUCGAUGGUUUCGGCUCCGACGAUAGAGUCAAGGUGCUCGCAGCCACUAACCGUGUGGAUACCUUGGAUCCUGCAUUGCUUCGUUCCGGACGUUUGGACAGAAAGAUUGAGUUCCCAUUGCCUUCGGAGGAGGCCCGUGAGUCUGUGUUGAAGAUCCACGCGCGUAAGUUGAACUGUGACCACAACUCCAUCAACUGGCGAGAAUUGGCGCGUUCCACCGACGAGUUCAACGGUGCGCAGUUGAAGGCCGUGACUGUUGAGGCAGGUAUGAUAGCGUUGAGAAACGGAAAGUCGAUCAUCCGUCACGAGGACUUUGUGGAGGCCAUUGGCGAGGUGCAAGCCAGAAAAUCCAAGUCGGUCAACUUCUACGCUUAG